AUGCUCGACUCUCGCCACCCUCGACCAACACCGACCCUCCUUUCGCUCCUCAUCCUCCUCACGCUCUCCCUCGCCCGCGCCGCACCCACCACCACCCUCCCCUUGCGCCCGCUCCCCGGCCUUCCCUCGAACGGCCUCCUCUCAAACGGAAUCCACCUCGGCUUCCUCCCCAUCUGGUCCCUCGAAGGACCUACCUCCAUCUGUUCCGCUCUGGGCUCGUGUUCCGCAAUCUGGGGAGACUACUGGAACGCCUCUCCCUCCUCCUACGACUUUGAACAGGCGGGGUACCAUAUUGAUGAGAUCGAGAGGGUGGUCAAGGGCGAUGUGAAGGGUGUUUACGCGCCUGCGGUGUUGUUCAGUGGACGGAUGAACGAGUGGACGGACGAGAUGAGUCAGAGUUUGGCAAAGACUGUGAGGGGGAUCAAUCAGCGCGGAGUCAAGGUCUGGUUGAGGUGGUGUUUCGAGAUGAACGGAGGAUGGAUGAGCUACGGCCUCCAACCGUCAGACUACAUCACCACCUUCCGCUCCGUAACCAACGCCAUCCGCGCAGCGACGAACGAUACGUACAUGCUUUGGUCUCCGAAUUUGUGGACGGGAGACGUGGAUGAUCCGGUGCAGGGAUACACGCCUUACUGGCCGGGCGAAGACUUCGUCGACAUAGUCGGCCUAUCAUUCUACUCUUUCGGCCCCGAAAAGUCACUCAACAAGCCCGCCUCGUCCUCCCUCUUCCACGACUCGUUCUCCCCCUUCUACUCGCUCUUCUCCCCCACCAGUUCCUCCGGCUCCUCUAAUCGCCUCAAACUCACCUCAGCCUACUCGUUAAUCAUCUCCGAGACUUCAGCACCAUAUUAUUACCGCAUCCCGCCUUCCUCGCGCUUCUACACCCAAGCAGGCGACACAGACCUCACAGCUCCCUAUCCCAACCUCACCACGUACGAACCCGCACUCGCCACCCCGCCUUACGAGAAAAGCGACGACGAGCUCUAUACGAAGGCGAGUUGGCUCGUGCAGAUGGUAGGGAACGAUACGGCGCAGAGGUUUCCGAACCUCAAGGCGGCGACGUGGUUCAACUAUCUCAAGAAGGGAAACGGUACGGCCGAAGUCCUCGCCGAUUUCAGGUUCGUUGGCGGGAACGAGACGGUUGAGGGCUGGUUGAGGGAGAAUUUGGGCAACCAGACGGCUUAUGAGGAGGGGUAUACGGGCAAAGGAGGGAGGGUAGAGGUGAGGAGGGCGUUUGGGGCGGUCGUGGUUGGAGUUGCGGUGGCUGUCCUCGUCGCGAAUUAG